CGUCGCAUUUAAAUUAUAUAACGACUGCAAUAAUAUAUGUGUUUUUAUGUCAAUAUUUACAAGACGCUGAAAGAAAAGUAUAUUAAUUCUGGUUUAACAAACUUUAUUAUCACCACUUAGUGUUUAUUUCAAUGUGAAAACAGUUAUUCAAUCAAGAUGAAGAAUGCAAGCUGUUUUCUUUUUGCUGUCCUUGUGGUGUGUGCUAAACUAGUAAAUACAUCAUGUCCGUACACUUGUUCUUGUAGUAACUCAACAUCAGGGUUUUCUGUAAACUGUAAUUUCAAAUCUUUUGAACAUAUUCCAGUCUUACCAAACGAUACGUACUACCUGAAUUUUGCGUACAACAGCAUACAAGACAUUGAUGUUCAGUUUUGUAAAGAGAUGCCACUUUUACAAAACAUCAAUAUCCAUAACAAUUUGAUUCAAGAAAUUCCGGAUGAAACCUUCACAGACUGUCACCAGUUAAUCACACUUAAUCUUCACAACAACAGAAUCACAGAUAUACCUCGAGAUACUUUCAGUAACUUAUCACAGUUACAGACACUAUAUCUUUAUAACAACAAGAUACAGUCUAUAGAGAGUUAUACGUUCGUCAACAUGACAAAUUUGAAUCGUCUGUCUCUCUACAGCAAUGAAAUAUCUACAAUAAAACAAUCAGCUUUUAUGAAUCUACCAAGCCUUCAAUAUUUAUAUCUCUAUAACAACAAGAUUCGGUCUAUAGAGAGUAAUACGUUCGUCAAUAUGACAAAUUUGUAUGAGCUGUACCUACACAACAAUGAGCUUACAUCAAUCGUAGAGUACACAUUUGUUAAUCUUCCAUCACUUUAUUAUCUAGAUUUAAGUGGAAACAACAUUAGUCUAAUUGAGGAACAUGCUCUAGGAAACUUAACCCAACUAUCAACUUUGAACCUUGCUUCAAAUCCAAUAAACUGUGAUUGCAGUAUAUUUCCAUUCUGGUCCUGGAUAAUUGAAAGAGCAUCAAUUGGAAUAAGUGCUAAAUGUAGCGACGGAAAAUUUGUUAUAUCUCUGAGAUCCGCUGAGCUUGAAAAAUGUAAUCCUGAUAAUUGUCGAUGCUUUAAUGGUGGAAAAUGUAUAACGAGCGGUGAUGGAAAAGUUGUCUGUGACUGUAUAGGAGAAUGGACCGGCGAAUUUUGUCAAGAAAGUCAGUGUAUGACAUACGACUGUGGAUUUGGAAACUGCUUUGUAGAACCAAUGAAUGGAACAGCUCAGUGUGUUUGUGGCAACAAACAACCAACCUAUUGUCCCGGUAAGCGGAUUUAAUUUAAAUGACAAAUAUAACAAUAAAUAAUUAUGAAAUGUAAAGCUUUUAAAACAUUCGUUACAUUUUUCAGUCAUAGACAAACAAUUUUUAAUAUAGAAAAACGUAUAUAAAUAUAUUUAACUAAAGGCUUGAUCGUGUAUUGUUAUGUUUAUAUGCGGCACAUUACACUAAAUAUUGAAAGAAAAAAAGCAUAUGAGAAACAAUGGUAACAAUUCAGAAGAUAGUUUUGAUUUAAAGGUGUUAAUUAUUGUUUUCAUACUGUCUCAUUUAAAAAGAAAUAAAUGUUAUACAUGUCAUAUGUACAAGAUAGUUGGGUGUUAUUUCUUAUUUUCAUUUUUCGUAAUGUAUGAACUUUUAAUUAACUCACGUAAUCCUUAAUGUUUUAUUAUACAAUAUUUUACGCACUAUUCUUAUUUACUCGACGCUUACUAACAGCAAGUUGCCUAUUUGUAAGAAUAAUAUGAUAAUAAUCUUGUCAUUAUUGCAACAUUGUUGGAAAAUAAGUUAAAUAAAAUACGUUUUUUAAAGGUGUAAAUCUUGUGUUAGAUUUAUUUACUGUUUAUAAAAAAAAUACAAAUUCUUGAAGCGGCUAUGAGUUCAAUAUCUUUAAUUGUUUUCUACUGAUUUCAUUUUGUUUGAAAUGUAGUUUAUCAAUUAAUUUCUUUGUUAUUAAUUUUUGUUGUUAGCUUCAUGAUACUAGACAGUUUAUUCCGGAUGAAUUAUUAUCAAUGAUGUAUACAAUUGAACAGAUAAACUUUUCAUCAAAGACAAAUAUUUAACUGUUUUAAUACACACUCGUAUUUUCCUUUUAGUUACAAUCAAUGUAACAGUUGUAUAUAAUUAAAGAAAAAACAAUUAAGUGUUUGCCAAACAUUCGUAUUUAUGUUUGGUUUUUUUUUAAUUAAUAUUGUAUAUAAUUAAACAGAUAAACUUUUCGUCAAAGAUAAAUAUUUAAGUGUUUUUAAACAUUCGUAUUUUCUUUUUUAUAUAUAUAUAUUCAUACCAUGUUUCAUUUAUAGGAGAAUUUGAAUUCACCAUUUGAAUUAAUUUUGUUUCAGGAUAAUAAACGUAAUUCCUAUAACAUAUAAAAGCAACUUUUCAUAAAUAAUUUAAUUCAUUCAUUCUCUUUUCAAAUCACGUAUCUACGAUUUUGAGAAAAUGAUCUAGAAAUGAUUCGUUCAACUGAAUUAUGACUGCAUUGAAAAUGAUGAUCGGACAACUUAUUGAAGAUCGGAAGAACCUGUUCUGAUACUCCUUAUAUUCCGGGAUGCAGUACGCUCUUAUAUGAAAUUAAAGAUUGCAACUUAUGUAGAAUCUACAGCAAGCAGAAUCGCCUCCAUCGACACCGAAUUAUAUAAUGCCGUUGCUCAUAGUCGAAGCAAACUGUUUGUACAAAUCAACUGACACAGACGCAGUAAAACGUCAUGUUAUUUCUAAUUCAUUUGAACAGUAUUUUUUCGACAGUGAUAAGGGUGCACGACUUGCAUUUAGCAAUUUACCACAUAUACACUGAUAUAUGAAAGGCAGUUAUGUACUUGUUGCUGUAUGUUAUCUGAUAUAAGUCC